AUGACAGAGAGACUAAAUGAACACCUCAAUCAAUGUGCCAGGAACCUGAACAAUGGAAAGUUCCUUGCAAAGUUAAGUGGCGGAGACGUUGUUGCCCUGGAGGUUAAGUACCACCUUCGAUGCCUCCAAAAGUUGUACGAUGCUGAAAGAGCGUACCUCAAUUCCCUAGAGAAAGCCGAGAGUAGUGAUCCAGGGAAGGAUUUAUACCCAAUGGCCUUUUCAGAACUAGUUAUCUACAUCAAGGAUAACAAAGUCACCAUCACGGAAACAGCACCGGUUAUAUUUCGGCUUGCUGACCUAGCCUCACUCUACAAGCUUCGCUUGGAACAGCUUGGAGUUGAUUCCCCGAAUGUCCACUCUACCAGGUUGAAGGAACAGCUACUUGCUCGGAUUCCAGAACUUGAAGCCCAUAAGAAGGGACGUGAUGUGCUCCUUGCCUUCAAAGCGGACAUAGGACCAGCGCUCCAUGAAGCUAGCCAGUAUAGCAAUGCUCUCCAUCUAUCUAAAUCAGCAGAUAUCCUGAGAAAAGAAAUGCUCCAGCACAAGACAAAAUUCAGCAGCGAGCUCAAAGAUGGCUUUGGUGUGGAGGCUAUCCCACCUGCACUUCUUCAGUUCGUGUGCAGCAUUGAACAUGCAAUAGUUUUUAUCUUUACUCUAAUUCUGUCUUUCUUUCGUAAUUUCUCUCUCUCUCUCUCUCUCUCUCUCUCUCAUAAUUAUAAUCUCUGUCUUUCAGUUAUUCAUUCAUUCAUUCUUUCUGUCUUUCUUCUUCACUGUCUUUCUUUUUUCUUUCUUUCCCUCUAUUUUAUUGUCUUUCUUUCUUCCUUCUUCCUUUUUUACUGUCUUUCCUUUCUUUCAUUCUUUCUUUUAAUAAUGCAAUAUUUUUUUACUUCAUCUCUAAAUUCUUUGUUUCUUUUUUCUCACUUUCGUUCUCUCUCUCUCUCUCUCUCUCUCUCUCUCUCUCUUAUAAUAAUGUAG